AUGCUCAAUUCUCGAGAAUCCCCGCUAACCGUCCAGAUCCCUCGGAGCCAAGAGCCGGAGGAGAUGCUCGACACCCACAGCGAGCCGCCAUGCGCGGUAGACGAUCAGCAUAG